CUAUCGUAGCUGCAGCCGUGUAUCGGCCACUAAAUAUAAGCGAGUUAUAACGGAACCGUCAUUCCUGUACUUACUAGAGAAGUGUCGCCUACCGCUAGAUUUUUGUAUUUACGUGCGUAAAAAUGGGUAUGGUUUACAAGGAUAUGCCUGGAGGCAAGAAGAUGCCCGGAAUUGGAUUGGGAACAUGGAUGAGUACGGAUGAAAAGGAGUUAGAGACAGCCUUGAACGCAGCUUUAGAAAUCGGCUACCGCCACAUCGACACCGCCUACGUCUACGAAAAUGAAAAGAUCAUCGGAAGGGUGAUAGAACAGUGGAUUUCUGCUGGGAAGAUAAAAAGGGAUGAUCUCUACAUCACCACCAAAUUGGCGCUAUGCGGCGUCCAUCCAGACAGGGUCGAAAUGAUGCUGAAGAAAUCACUGGAAGGAUUGCGUUUGAACUACGUUGAUUUAUAUUUGGUGCAUUUCCCAGUGGGCACAAACUACGUGGAGGGAUGUGUAGUUACUCCACCGUCUAUGCUGAAAUUGGAGAACACUGAUCACGUGGAACUGUGGAAGAAAAUGGAAGAGCAAGUAGAUGCCGGUAGAACCAAAGCCAUUGGACUGUCCAACUUCAACAAAAAACAAAUAGAAAGGAUACUGAAAUCGUGCAGGAUAAAACCAGCUUGUUUGCAAAUAGAAAUCCACGUUGCCAUGCAGCAAAGAGAAUUGGUAGAUUUUUGUCACAAAAACGGUAUCGUCGUUGUGGCAUAUUCUCCUCUAGGAUCACCGGGAUAUAAUAAUUUCCUUAACACCAUUGGACAAGAAGGCAAGGAACUACCGAACAUGCUCCAAAAUCCAGUCAUCAAACAAAUAGCAGAAAAAUACAAAAAGUCUCCUGGUCAAGUCAUGUUAAGGUUUCUUAUUGAAAGAAACAUUGUCCCGAUACCUAAAAGUGUUAAGCCUUCGAGAAUCAGGGAAAACUUCGAGGUCUUCGAUUUCAAACUCGACAAUGAGGAUAUGAAAAAGCUUGCAGAUUUAGAAAUUGGUGAAUCGGCGAGAGUUUGCGACUUCAAAUUCUUCCCUCCGUAAGUAGCUGCGAUAUUUUCAACUAUGAGUUCUUUCGGAUAAGAUCUAAAUUUAUACAGGGCGUUACAGGAUAUUCACACAAUGUUACUACUAUUCAAAGGACGCAAACACUAUAGUUUUUUAAAUUCGGUUCAGUGGCGGCGGAGAAAAAGGCCAAAAACAAAAAAAAGCUCAAAAUUCGUUUUUUUGAU